AGCUACUCUUUUUUGUGUUCAGUCAGAUAUUCCUCAUUGGAAUCGCCACUUGAAGGCCGGUUAGCGAGUCCGAGAACAUAUCCAAUGUGGCACUGUGCUCAUUGUGUAAUCUGGACAGAUGGUGGACAGAUGAAAGGCGGAUUCAACACAGUGAAGACUGAUGAUCCAGAUGUCGUUCGUGCUGCUAAAGCAGCAGUAGCGGCUCAUAAGCCCGAAUCUGCAGUCGAUCGAUUUCGUUACGAUGAUUGUAAAAUAACCAAAGCUGAAAAACAAGUUGUUAAUGGAUAUAAUUACAGACUUAAAAUUACGUGCAUAUAUUAUGUUCCAUUAGACAUUACGGCUGUAGCUGAAUGUGACGCAUUAGUUUACAACUCUAUAACAAGUGAACUCGCAGUGAAGAAAAUGAAGUGUGAAAUAACCGGCCGAAUUGGAUAAUUUCUGUAUUCAUAAACGUUCAACCCAGUCGAGUACAAAUAAAAUUAGAGUACCUCCAACGUCCAUAAUAUGUUACUUAUAAGGCUCGUAUCAUCAAUAUACCAAUGACGGAAUAAAUAUUAACAGUGUGAUUUAGAGAGACGACAAAUGAACCAUCAGUUAUCGUGGUUACGAACAACACUGCAUAAACGCCAACCAUGCCACUGUAUGUAAAUUUAAAUAAUUUUAACUAAAGUCAACAAACUGUCCCAUUUCAAUAAUGAAAAACGCAGAAUUUUUAGUUUCCAUACACGUAGAAAUGCCCAUAUUAUUGUUAGAUCAAUAAAGAGUUGUUUAAGUAAAAAUUUUCGAAUUUGACUGUUGGCGA